UGUCUAUAAAUGGAGACUUGAAAGAGGUCAGUUUUAAGCAAUAAAUAACGAUGAAUAAAAUGAUUCUCUCCAUCAGAGCUAAUUCCUUUCUUAUCUACUUCCUCAUUUUCGUAGGAGCUGAAGCAAGAACUUUGCUAGAAAAACAUCACGGUCAGAAUCUGGCAGAAUAUGGAAGGCAGCCAUAUAUAACACCUUCACCACCAGCAUCAUCUCCACCACACAAUCAGGAAAUAGUAGGGAGGCCCCAUCAUUUACCACCUCCCGCUCCUAAGCAUGCUCCAACAAUCGGUCAACUCACAAGCACCACCCAAGGACUUAAACCUCACAAAAAUGAGUUAUAUAGCAGUGAGCUCUUGAUGACAACAAGUCAUGAUGAGGUUCUAAUUUUGCUUCCAAGUUAUUCAUCAGAGAUAGUUGGUGGGAGGCAUGAUCAUAUAUCCGUUGGGAGGCAUGAUCAUUUACCCGUACAUCCACCAUCACCAAAACCAGCAGAUGAAGAGGAUCAGAUAAUUAUCACAACUUCCUCUAAUUCAUGUCAUGAUGGAAAUGGAAUUGGAAGAGGGAAUCAAAAACCACCUCCAACUCCAAAGCCAUCUCAUAACGACGGUCAGACAAUUAUCUCUAGUACUAAUACUCAUGAUGAUGAUGAUCACCAUAGUAACUAUGGAAGGGAGGAACGUAUACUACCACCUUCCACUCCAAGGCCAUCUGAUGAGCAGCAUCAGACUAUUAUCUCUAGUACUAGUACAACUCAUGAUGAUGAUGAUCACCAUAGUAAUUUCGGAAGGGAGGGACGUACACCUCCUUCCCCUCAUUCUGCUUCACCCAUUGGUCAACUCUCAAGCAACCGUGGUGCCCAACACUUACCUCUUCAGGCUUCCUAUUAAUUAAGCUUCCUCGACAUCGGAACUUUAUUAAGUUGAGUACUAAGUAGUUUAGUAUUUUUUUUUUUUAAAGGCAGUAUAUAUAUAAUAUAACCUGGUUUUAGUUCACUUGAUGAGUUAGCUAGCUCUCAAGAAUAUUGUGUAAUAGAUAAUUAAGUUGUAACUUAGUGUUAUCCUACCCUGAGGCUGCAUUUUCUAUAUAUAGUCUUGUAAUAUAGUAACUACGCAGUAAAUGAAUUUGAGGAGUGCUGGUUUUGACUUAUAA